UAUAAAAGCUAGCCGUUAUGACUCGUAACAACUAUAUGGUGAAUUCUAACUCUCAGAGAUUUGAGUUUUUUGGCUUAAGUUAUCAAAACACACAUGGACAAGUCUCUAAAACCACAGAAUAGUUAUUAGUUUUAUAUGUAUUGAAUUAAUCUUGCAAAAUGUUCGAGAUUGGCAUGCCAUCCCCUGGAAUAUUGGGAUGCAUGGAAUCCGAGAUAAAAAAAAUAUCAAUAUGCUUUAAUGGUCACGUGUAUUGCAGUAUAUGGGUACCGGUGUACCACUGACACAGCAAGUUACUAGGUACGUGUAAGAAUUACAUGCAUGACUCUGCUUGUCUAGAACAGUGGACGUAUCGUGUGUCUUUCAAGAUUCGAUUUGAAUAACAUAAAAGUUUAGUUAAUUAGCUAAGAUAUAUUCUCCUUUUCUUUUUUUUUUUUUUGGGUGUAAAUAUUCUCCUUUUCUUAUCAUCAAAGAUAUAUUAUCUCUUUCUUUUUGGAUAACCAUACUGUCUUCCCUUCUUUUUGGUCGGUUUUGGAUGUCGAUAAAAUGUUUGUUCUUUUUUCAUGGAAUUAAUACAACAAUAUAGUUUAUUUAUCACUGAUUUGGCUGAAUAAAGGGACUAGUUUUACUUUACCACAUGUAGAAUGGUACCGUCUCAUGGAAAAGAAUGGAACCAAUGGUAAGCAAAGAAACAAAAGAAAAUAUGAAAGAGGGAGUUCCAGAAGCAGAUAAUCUCUUAAGUAACAAAGAUAAAACAAAAGAAGAAGAAGAGGAGGAGGGAGGUAAUGGUGGGAUUUUGAACAAUCUGAUAUCCAACUUGAUGGGUGCAACAACAACAACAACAGCAGUAGAUGAAAAAUCUGGUGAAAAUACUCAGAAAUCUGAAUGUGAGGAUGAAGAUGAGAAGAAGAAAGAGGGUUCAGGAGCUGGUAUCUUAGAAAAGAUCAUUUCUCAUCUGCCAGAAGAUGCAGUUCCAACGACAGAGGAAGCAUCCAUUCUGAUCCACUCUGUGAUUGACUGAAGAAGACUUAAACCACAAGUCAUUUUCAUCGUUGUUGUUGUUGUUUAUGUGACUUGUGAUUUUGUUAUUUCUCUUCACAAACUCUUUGUUUUCCUAUCGGAAUCUUUUCAAGGCUAACGUUGAAGCCAUCAUCGUUUUGUCUAUUUUCUUAGCUCUAUAUUUAAAAAUAAUAAAUAAAAAAGUCUGUAGUUAGAUC